GUGCUCUUUUCUUCUUGGCUCGCCACCUUCUUGCUUCCAGUAGCUUCUGCUUGACUUAAAAACAGGGGACAGCUUCAGCUCGAUACCCUCUGUAUUUCGGCAGUCAAAGCUUCUCAAACACCCUUCUCCUCUCUGCGCCGGCGCAGCACGAAGCGCUGCAGAUGGCCACGAGGAGCAGCCGUCGCGCUGUUCCCACGCCUGUCGUCAUGCCCGCUCCGCUUCGCUCUUCGUCCAGCUCGGCCACGCCGCGCGCAGCGACAAGACGCCGCCGCAUCAAGAAGCUGCAGGCCGUGCUUGACCGUUUGCCGGCACCUGCACCGCUGUGCCCACAUGGUGAUGCGCAGCGCGCAGACGUGGGGUCAAUCCGGCCCCGCCUUGCCCUCGUUUGGUCCCGCCGCCACUCGCGCGCCCCGGCAGGCCCGCCUCAGGGGGUGGCGCAGGACAGCAGCGUCGGCGCGCUCGCCUCGCCUCGCUUGCCGCCGCAUGACGAGCGCCGAGCGUCUCCCUCGCAUCAGCGCUGCCACCCGCCGUCCUGCGGCACGGGUCCAGCACGCCUCGGCCACGGCGCGCCACUGGCGGCUGUCCCACGGGCCCCCAUGACGCGUGUUCUGGCCUGCGCUCUCAGGGGGCAGCGCCGCGCGGCGCGCUUUUCUGUUGGGGCGGCGAUCCGCACGCGCUCGGCUUCGGCGCGCGCCAGACGCCCGAGCCGGCGCGGUGGCGCGAAAAAAGCGUCGAGGCUGGCCGCCUUGCCUUCACUGCGCGUUUGCGCCGCCCUGCCCAAUUCGAAGCCUUGGCGGGCGGCUGUGGCGGUCACACGAGCAGCACAGCAGGCAGCAGCAGCAGAGCAACGCAGUGAACGCCGCGGCUCUGCACCGUUUUGACUUUGACCUGCAGCCCUGCAGCGUGGCGCCGCUCGAGCCAUGCACGCCGCGCUCGGAGUCGCCGGACAUUUGCGCUUGCACCGCUUUUGGCUGUCGUUGCUGAGGGCUGCAGCCGGCCACGGGGUCGCUGCUGCACGUCUGUUCUCGUGCCUGUGGGGGGUGCAGGCCCGAGGCCGAGGCCGAGGCGAGGCCAAGCGGGCGGGCCCACCUCCGCCGGAGCUGGCGCGCGAAAAGAUGGGGACAGUGACACUGAUGGCCGGCGCCCUGGCCCCUCUCUGCGGGCUCGGCGGCAAAUCA